UCAAAUCGUCACGUAAUAUCUGAAUGGUUCUCCAUUUCUGCGUCGCGUUAUCUUUGCGCGUUCCCAUUAAAAGCUCUGACGACGCAGUAGACGUCACCAAUCAACAAAACAAGUUCAGACGUGUAAAUUUCCUCAAAUUUUCUGCUGAAGGGGACCGUUUUUUUAAAUUUUGGCCAUUGUUGGAUCCGGAAUAUUCAAGAUUCACCGAAUUUUGGAAGGAACCACUCUCAGUCAUCGAGUCGUGAAAGUACCCGGCAGAAGAAUCAUGAACUUCCGUUGUUCCAGAUUAUGUACUUACACGGCCGCCCGGUUGAGGAACCGGUCGAUAAUCAACGGAAUCGUGAGACCAAGGUGGACAAACAGCAAAGCAGCUGGAAAGUUUCGGUGGAUAUUUCUGGUUGAAAGUGUGUGCAAACUGCCUAAGUUUCGAGUUCCGGCUCAUGGAUCUGGUAGUGGCCACUCACUGCCGGGAGAUUUUACCCGAGUGGACGGAGGAAUCUGGCAAACAACUAAAAUUUCAAGUGUAAUAUUUACGAAUUGUGACAUGUUAUUAUCAGUAAUAUUGUGAAUAAAGUUGAAUAUUUUUUUCUUGUUUUCUUCAGCAAAAAAAAAUCCUUGAAAACUAAUUCGUUUCAUGGCAAUCAGAAAGCUUUAUGCUUACAUUACCCACCGCCAGAUGGCGGGUCAAAAGCUUCGAGUUACAGUCGUGAUCGAUAUUCAGAUGGCGCUGUUACCAUUACAUAAAGCUGGAAGCUUAAAAGCUGAAAGCUUUAUCGAUUUUAAAAGCUUGGCUGCGUGAACAAGUGUGCACGAUUUGCAUUUAGUUCAUGGAAAGUGUUCAUGGUACGUUUUCGUACCGUAGAAAUCGCGUUGUUCCCAAAUUCGUGGUACGUUGUUCACGUAUUUCGGAACGGUUUUUUCUCCGUGUAGUGCAUUACUUCUCACGGUACGAUAAAUGCACAAAAGGAUAUCACUUUCGCGUCAUUCACAAACGUUUUGAUUGCUCUAGCGUGAUUGCAACCACAUAUGUGCGGGUGGGAAUCAACCCAAACAAACCCAAUAGAAAAAAUAACACACCAGACGAAUAAAUUAGCCAUCCCUACUGUGUGUAGGUAAAGCUCAAGACAAUACUUUACACCUCAAUUUAUAGGGUAGCAUUUCAAUGGGGUAAAGCUUUUUUAAGAUUUUUUUUUAAGAAGCUCACCCAAAUUAAUCAGAUAAUUGGUAACUAAUUAAUUUUAGAGCAUUCUCAUAGCAAUCAUGCAUUCAAACCAUUUUUAUUCAACUCUCCCUAUCGCGGCCAGAAGCCCACACGCGCCGUUUAAUGCACACGUUUUCACCUCACGUGACCGUUUACUAGUGCGGCCACCCACAAAUUGCUCCGUUCCUAGGUACAAGGCGUAAGGAUCCAUCAGAACCUUACCCCGCGAGGUCGCACUCACCCUUUACGCUGCCCCUCACAGAAAUCUAGUCAAGUGGCUCUAUGAAGGUGAAAAUUGCGGUUACUUUCUAUCAAACUGCGAUCGGGGUCGGUUCGGUGACGAGUGCCUGAUGAUUCGAAAUUUUAAGACUUUUAUCUAAACAUUUUUCCUGGUCAUCAUGUACGGAGAGGGGUGUGAUCCGUUGAAACAUACCAGCAUGUACCAGAGGGCUGAGGAAGACAGCGAGGAUAGCGAUGGAGAGGGAGGACUUGGAAACGUUAGCCGGGUCAUCAUCCGACCGCCAGGCCACAGCGGCAAAGCAAAGCGCGGUCACCUGUGCUUCGAUGCCGCCUUCGAAACGGGCAACCUCGGCCGGAUCGAUCUGGUGGGUGAGUUCGAGUACGACCUGUUUCUGCGGCCGGACACGUGCAACCCGCGGUACCGCUUCUGGUUCAACUUUACCGUGGACAACGUCAAGCAGGACCAGCGCGUCAUCUUCAACAUCGUCAACAUGAACAAGAGCCGCAACCUGUUCAAGGACGGCAUGACGCCGCUGGUAAAGUCCUCGAGCCGGCCCAAGUGGCAGCGGCUGCCCCGGUGCGAGGUGUUUUACUACAAGUCGGCCGUCCACCAGAAUCACUACGUGCUGAGCUACGCGUUCGCAUUCGACAAGGAGGACGAGGUGUACCAGUUUGCGCUGACCUUUCCGUACUCGUACUCGAAGCUGCAGGCGUUCCUGAACGCACUGGAGAGCAAGUUUCCGGACUCGUUCGAGCGGACCACGCUGGGAAUGACCAUUCAAAACCGCAAAAUGGAACUGAUCACGUUCGACGACGUUAAGAAGCCGGAAAAGGUCGACCCGAAGAAUUUGAUCCACAUGGUGGUCGUUUUCGCGCGGAUACACCCCGGCGAGUCGCCAGCUUCGUACGUGGUUCAGGGUCUGAUCGAGUACCUGGCGGCGGCGAAUCAGCCCAUUUCGAAGGCGUUGCGCGAGAACGUGGUGUUCAAGAUCAUCCCGAUGCUGAACCCGGACGGGGUGUUCCUGGGGAACAAUCGGUGCAACGUGAUCGGGCACGAUUUGAACAGGACGUGGAACAAGAUGUCCCAGUACACGCACCCGACACUGACCGCGGCCAUGAAGAUGCUGAAGGAGUAUGACAAUUCUAGCUGUUACCAGGUGGACUUUGUGAUAGACAUUCACGCGCACUCGAGCCUGACGGGAACGUUCAUCUACGGUAGCACGUACGACAACGUGUACCGGUACGAGCGGCACCUGGUCUUUCCGAAGCUGUUCGCGUCCAAGUGUGAGGACUUUUGCCAGGAGCACAUGAUGUUCAACGCGGACGACCGGAAGUCGGGCACGGCGCGGCGGUACUUUGUGGACGCGCUCAGCGACAACGUCAACACUUACACGCUGGAGGUUUCUACGUGCGGAUACUACCUGAACGACACGAACAUUCUGACGCAGUACACGGAGGAUGGAUACAUGCGAAUCGGUCGAAACUUGGCCCGGACCUUCCUGGAGUACUACCGGUUCACGAACAUCUUGCCGAUUCCACCGGUGGACGAGUUGCGACCUCGCAAGGGUCGACCCCGAACGCAUCGUCCUCGAGCGCGAUCAAGGACGCGCAGCGAGGUACGGCUGCGUCCAAAAACCGUCCGUACGCACGCCCCCAUCAGCUACACCGAUCUUUCCAUCUGCUACGACAGCUCGACCUCGAACGAGGGUUCCCCCAUUCGGUACAUGUACUCGAGCUACGGUGGCUUUCGGAUGCGUGCCCUCGGACCGCCGGAUCAAUACUCGCUGUCCAACAUCCAGGCGGCACGGUUUAGCAAUCUGGAUUUUAGCAGCGAUUUUCGAUUCAAGGUCACUCCGAAGCCCAAAAUGGCCGCUGCCGAGCACAAAAUGCCCCCCAUUGAGAUGGUUUCCGUACCGCCAAAGCCCUGCCUUACCAUUAUAGACUUCAAUCAGCUGACACGGGGUGGCCUGGAGGAAGCCACCUCGGGAAGAUCGUUGGAGAAGGAAAAGGAGAAAGUCCGACGCCACACGGCGGUCAAGGGCAGCUCGAGAAAAGCAUAGACUGUAGGUGUUACAAAAGUGCGUUCUCUUUUUAUUAAAAUUUAUAAUAGUCGCUUAUACCUAACCUUGUUACACAACCUUCUACAAACUUUGUGAAGGAUUCGUUUCCACAAAUAAGCACGUGGAACGAACCGUUUACAAGCUUUUUCAAUACAUUUUCUAUGUCAACUUCUUCCAAUCUGUGAUUGAAAA